CCCAUUGAUGGUAAGACAAAUUAAUUUAAUUUCUUUACAUUUCCAAUAGUAUUUAGGUUUGGUAGGUUUCUCUAUAAAGAUCAAAAGAUAAAAUUGACAUCUCCCUAACAAAAAACAAUUUCACCUAGCUAAAAAGAGAAGAAUGGUUUAUGCACAGGGUGUUUCUUAAACCUUGGGAAAAAAAUUUGUGGAGUAUGAAAAAAAGUUUACGUUUAAAAAAAUAACUCAGGAAUCACUCCAUGAAUUUUUCACCAAUAUUUAAGAAACACCCUGUAUAAGACAAGACCUGAAUUUUAUUUUAAAGGAACACACAUUCCUAUAUUGCCACCCAAGGAAGGUUAUAGGGAUUAUGUUAACCGAAAAUUCACUUGUUCUUCAGGGGGUUGUUGACCACUUAUAUAGAUUUUGGGACAUCAGCAUCAACUUUCCAGGUUCAUGUCAUGACGCUGUGGUUUUUAAAAAUUCAAAUUUGUUUAAAAGAGCACACGACCUAAUUCCUAAAGGCACAUCUCAUAUAGAUGGAAAAGACGUACCAUUUUUCCUUCUUGGAGAUCCUGCUUACCCUCUUUUAAAUUGGUUACAAAAACCCUACAUUGGUGUCAUAGAUCCCCAGGAAGAAUCAUUUAAUUGUUAUUUGAGUUCUGCCAGAAUAAUUGUGGAAAAUGCUUUUGGCAGACUUAAAGCAAGGUGGAGGUGUUUACUUAAACGGGUAGAUAUACAAUAUUCGUUCGUGCCAAAAGUGGUCUCAGCGUGCUGUGUGCUUCACAAUAUUGUUGAAACCAAUAAAGAGAAGUUUCUGGAACAAUGGCUGAAAGCUGUGGUAGAGGCAAAUAUUGUUAUACCACAACCUACUUCAUAUGUUAACAAGGAAUCAUGUAGUGAUGCAAAAUCUAUUCGGGAUCAUUUAAAGCAAUAUAUGGCUAAAAAUUUUCCAUAGCGAAAAUCUGCUUUUAGACAGUAGAAUCCAUUUAAUAUUCAAAUGAAGAAGUUUUUUUUUAAAUUAUGAUGUAGUGAUUAUUAUUACCUUAACUUGUUUUUAGUUUUUUUUUAGUUAUAUGCCAUACCUUGUGUUGCCGGUCGACCGGCUAUAGGAAAGCCCAUGUACAUUUUGGUACCACCUAAUAUUAUCUCCCCUAUUCAAUUUAGAGCAAAAUUGUAUCAGGAUUUUUUAAAGAUCCUUGUAUGAUGGAUUCGCAUGCAAAAUAUGAAUUUGGGUAUCAAGAGAUAUUUUUUAAAUAGUUUUGUCAAAUUUCACAUCGUUUUGACAAAACUUAUUUAAAUGAUUUGACAGUUGCUGAUGUUAUAGUUAAGAAACGUCUCAAGUAGAAUUUUUACAAAUUUUAGAAAACUUUUACGAAAUAUCUCUUAAUUGGACAAAUGAAACUUAUUCAAAUUUUACAUGCGAGUCUUAAAACAAUUUUACUUUAAAAUGACCAGGGGGUUCUAAAAUUUACAUGGGAUUUGCUGUGGCCAGUCUGCCGAUGCAACACAUGCAAUACCAUGUACAUAGGGUUGUUUCUUAUAUUUUGAUACCCACCUAUGUACCUUUAUUUUUGGGGAUAAAAAAAAACUUUAAAUACAAAACUUAUAGGGUUUUCCCUAAACCACCAGAAUCCAUCAUGAGAUAAAACAAAUAAGCAUAGUAAAACAGUCAAAAAAUACGAGCUUGUGUGUUUUUAAAUAGAAUACCCUGUACAUGAUUUCAAAAAUAUAUAAUAUGUCUACAUUUUCUACCUAUCUAUCUUUGCUUUAACCGUUUUUGAAAUAUUUGAUAAUAAACAUUUCAUACAUACUUGCGUGUUUAAUGAAAAACGAGAUAAAAAUACAAAAUAAAUAUGGACAAUUAAUUAAGGAAGUUAUCAAAUAUUUCAAAAACGUUUAAAGUAAAUGUAGACGUAUUAUAUACUUUUAAAAUCAAGAAGAAAACGUCUUUCAUUGUAUCUGAGUGUUCCAGGUUAAAGCAAACAAGUUGGUAUUUUUUGACACCUUUGCAAUGCUUAUUUGUUUUAUGUUAUGACAAAUUGGCGGUUUGAAAAACAUUCAAACUUUUCAACUUUUGCAUUUAAAUUUUUUUUUAUCCUGAAAAAUAAAGGCUGUAAGUGGGCCACAAUAUGAUGAAUUACAUUAAA